UGCUCCAUUAAGCACAGCACCAUGAAGUUCUUCGUAGUAUUCGCUCUCCUCUUGGCUUCGGCCUACGCCGCGCCAACAAUUUUCCAAAGGGGAUUGGUUGUUCCCAUUUUGGAUGACAGCGUCGAAGGACGUAUUACUAAUGGCCAAACCGCUUCAACUGGCCAAUUCCCAUAUCAAGUUGGUCUCUCAUUGCGAGUGAGCUCUACUUCGUCAGCCUGGUGCGGUGGUUCUUUGAUUGGUAACAAAUGGAUCCUAACAGCUGCUCACUGUACCGACGGUAUUUUACAAGUUACCGUCUACUUGGGUGCUACACAACGCACAUCGGCCGAGCUUACAUACACCGUAUCGAGCAGUGAUAUAAUCAUCCACUCUGGCUGGAGUUCCAGGACUUUGAGGAAUGAUAUUUCUCUCAUUAAAAUCCCAUCCGUGUCCUACACUAGGAGAAUCCAAGCUGUUCCAUUGCCUGCCGUUGCUAGCUCUUACUCCACUUAUGCCGGUGAUUCUGCAGUCAUUUCUGGUUGGGGACGUAUCAGCGAUUCUGCUACCAGUGUGACCAACAGCUUGCAAUACGCCACCGUACAAGUAAUUACCAACACUGUCUGUGCUUCAACAUUUGGAUCAACGUAUGUGACCAGCGGCAAUAUUUGUAUCGCCACCACUGGCGGAGUAUCCACUUGCAACGGUGACUCAGGUGGCCCAUUGGUGUUGCAGUCCACAGGAGUAUUGAUCGGUGUUACUUCAUACGGUUCUUCAGCCGGCUGCGCUAAGGGUUACCCCGCUGCCUUCAGUCGUGUAACUGCUUUCAGGGACUGGAUCCAAACCAAUACUGGCAUUUAAAUUUUGCGAUUUCAAUAAAUGAACGAUAAUGAACAUAGACUAA